AUGAUCAAGACCAAAGCUCCGUCGAUAUUCAGAAGGUUCAUAAACAUCCAAACACGUCCACCCCACCAAUCCGUCCUCCGUGCUGGGCAACCGCUCCAUGAAACAAGACCUCAUUAUCUCCCCACCCCUGGCUUCCUAACGCCCGGGAUACUGGCCCAAGAGUACUACGAGCGAAGACUCCAACUUUCUCGACAAAUGCCUGCUAAAUCGGUGGCUAUCAUUGUGGGAAAUACUGUUCAAUUUGCUUCUGGGAGUGUGUUUUACGAUUUCCAACAGGAUAAUGAUUUGUUUUACUUGACUGGGUGGAAUGAGCCCGACGCCAUUGCCGUGAUUGAGAAGCGCGGUGAGAAUGACGAGGAUGAUGUGUACUUGCAUAUGUUGGUGCCUCCGCGUAAUCCAGCCAAGGAGCUAUGGGAGGGACCCAAGCUGGGAUUGGAAGGUGCUGUCGAAUAUUUUAAUGCUGAUUUGGUGGAGGAUAUCUCGCGGGCUCCAUUAUACUUGAAGAAUUUGAUCCACGAUGCUGAUCUUAUUUAUUAUGAUAAUAAGUUUGCCUCGAAGGAAGAGGAACCAAUUAAGCUGUUCUUUAGCAUUCUCGGUACAUCUGAUUUAAACGGAGUCAUUUCGAAAAGUAACAAGAGAAUCCUGCCUUUAUCACCCAAGCUUGCAGAGUUACGAGCUAUCAAAUCCCCUGCGGAAAUUAAAGUCAUGCAUGCUGCUGCUAAAAUCUCGAGCCGGGCCAUCAACAAGGCUAUGGCUAAAGUUGGCUCGGAUCUGCCUAUUCUUAGUGAACGCACAUUGGCCAAGUUCUUGGAAUAUCAAUUUGUGAAAGGUGGUUGUGAUAAACAAGCUUAUAUCCCGGUUAUUGCCAGUGGAAGAAAUGCAUUGACAAUUCACUAUACCAGAAAUGAUGAUUUAUUAUACAAGGAUGAAAUGGUGUUUAUCGACGCAGCCGGGAAAGUAGGCGGUUACAAUGCCGACAUUUCCCGUACUUGGCCCAACUCACCCCAGGGGUUCACUGAUCCGCAAAGAGACAUUUAUGAGGCAGUAUUGAACACUAACAAGGCAUGUAUUGAGUUGUGUGCCCAAUCAUUUGGUUAUUCAAUGCAUGAUCUUCAAGAAUUUGCCGUGAGACAAUUGACGCAAGAAUUGAAUAAUAUUACUGGAUUCAUUGUCAAUACUACCGAAGUGACCCGUUACCUUUAUCCUCAUUAUAUUGGCCAUCAUUUAGGAUUGGACCUUCAUGAUGUCCCAACUUGUUCGAAAUACAAGUCCUUGGUGGCUGGAAAUGUCAUUACUAUUGAACCAGGGUUGUACAUUCCGGAAAAUGAUAGAUGGCCAAAAGCAUUCCGCGGGAUUGGUGUGAGAGUCGAAGAUGACAUUGUUGUAGGUCACACUGGCGCCGACAUUCUUAAUUUAACCAGUGGAUGUGUUAAGGAAGUCGCAGAUAUCGAAGCAUUGAUUAGUAGUGGGAAAUGCACCACUCCAGGUAUAGAUGAUGAACUAGUUGUUCUUGACAUAUAG